AUGGCGGACACUACUAGCAAAGAGGUGCCUUUGCACUCAGUACAAGUUGAGGCAUUGGUCGUUAUGAAGAUUGUAAAGGCUUGUGCGGCAACUUACCCAACUACAGCUACUGGAUCUAUCGUUGGUAUGGACUCAAAUGGAACUCUUCAAAUCACAAACUCCUUCCCAUUCCCAACGGCAGACGUCGCCGCAUCCGAUUCUCACCCAAAUGACCAUAUGGCCGCCUCGAACAUUGCUGCGGCAGCCCCAAGAUCAAAAGCAAAUAUUGUUUACCAAAGUGAGAUGAUCAAGAUGUUAAAGGAAGUCAAUGUUGAUGCGAAUAACGUUGGAUGGUACACAAGUGCCAACAUGGGGAACUUUAUCAACACCAGCUUGAUCGAAAAUCAAUUCUUCUACCAAAAGGAGCCAAAUGAGAGAACUGUUGCGCUCGUCCACGAUGUCAGCAGAAGUGCUCAAGGUGCUUUGAGUCUACGUGCUUUCAGACUUUCACCAAACUUCAUGACCGCUUACAAGGAGGGCAAAUUUACCACUGAGAACAUGCAAAAGUCAAAGCUCACAUACAAAGACAUUUUGGUCGAAUUACCUAUCAUCGUCCACAACUCUCAUCUUUUGACCUCCUUUUUGCACCAAAUGCCAGUCGAAUUACCAAAGAAAGAACUUGACUUCCCUGCAAGUCUCGCAGACCUCACUCGAAACACACCACCAACUCCACUCUACCCCAACUUGGAAUCCUUGGAUUUAUCCAUCGAUCCUUACUUGGAGAGAACCUGUGAUAUGCUUUUGGACAGCAUCGAAACCCAUUACACCGAACUCAACAACUUCCAAUACUUCCAAAGACAAUUGACUCGUGAGCAAGCCAAGGUCACAGCAUGGAAGACCAAGCGUGCGGCGGAGAAUGCCAGUCGGGCUACACAGAAACUCGCACCUUUACCAGAGGAUGAGUGGGAGAGACUCUUCAAGCUUCCAACAGAACCAAGCAGAUUGGAGGGUAUGUUGAAUGCACGACAAGUUGAUCAGUACUCGAGACAAGUGGAUGGAUUCACUGCUAGCAUCACCGGAAAGAUGUUUGCAGUAAAGAGCAACCUCUUACCAGAACAGUCUUAA